UUCAGUCGUUUCCAAAACGUCGCAGUGACAAGGCUGCGUCCGGUUGGCGCGUUGAACACAGCGGAUCUUUCGGUGUGUGUGUACGUUAAGUUUAUUUCAUUCGUUGACGGAGUUAACUCUGCCGCACUUAUCGCACAGUGGAAAGUUUUGGGAGUUCAACAUGUGAAUCCGUUCGUUUGAACACUUUUUAAGUUUUUCUACUUUGUGUAUUUUAGUUGAUUGACUAUCAGAAGGAUUUUCUUUAUUGUUUUUAUGAUUUGCUGCUUUUAUUGGAAAGCAAGUGCCAGAUAGAUAUGAUAAAGAGUAGAACAGUGUAUCGGGACCUUUCAGUGACAAAUUUAACGAUUUACAUUUCCUAUAAAGAGCUACGUUGGCAGAAGGGAAGUUAAUCGGCCCACGAACAUAGCCCUGGAGAACUCCAAAUUCGGGAAUUCGUCACAUGGAAACUCAGAUCCGGGCUUGUCCAAGGAGAGAGCACUAAAGGCCCAAAAACGGCUACUACAAAAGGUGCCCGGCACAAGAUCAGGAAGAGAUACCACAUUCUGAAGAUACCUAGUCAUAAAAUCAAGUCGCAUUGGGCUUGGACAACUGAGAUAACGUUCGAACCGAAAGCUUCGAUAAUUGGAAAAAUUUCGGACGUAGCAGUGACCAUAAAACAGUGGUGGCGCGAUGUGGGGCUGUGCCCCAGGCCGGCCCCCACUGCGGUAGGCCUUCCAGCGUCGCGCCGGAAUCGUAAAGGGGGCGCGUUGCGACACAUGGGCACGUCGUUUAGUAUGUGCAAAUUGAAUAACUGCAAAAUCAAGAGAAGCUUACACCUCCGCAGUAGUGGCGACGAUUGUCGGAUGCCAGCAGAGGGGGCUGGCCCCACCUCGGACAGUUUGCGAGAUAGGCACCAGAAGUUCUCUCAGCGUCUGCUCGAGAAUACCGGAAAUGGUUACGAUCCCGAGUUUGCGCGGAUGGAAGCAUGGCUCGAUGAGCAUCCGGAUUUUGUUCAAGACUAUUUUCUGAGGAAAGCCACGAGGCAGGUCGUGGACACGUGGUUGCUGUCCCACGCUACCCCCACCCCCUCCAGCGUGGAACUGUCCUCUCCGACGCAUAAUCAGUCCAGGGGCGGAUCAGGUGCCACGACGCCGGUGAGGAAGAUUUCCGCCCACGAGUUUGAGCGUGUUGGACUUCUGAAGCCCAUCAUAAGCACGGUCGAUGGGCAGACGACCUUCUUGACCGGGUCAGGUGACUCGCAGAACAAUGGAGGGGGGCCUGGAAGUCCCUCCUCGGUACGUAGACAGAGGAGGUCUAGGCACGAACUCAGGCAGCUGGAUGAGAAGGAGUUGAUUUUUGAGUUGGUGAAAGAUAUAUGCAAUGAGCUCGAAGUGCGCUCUUUGUGCCAUAAGAUCCUGCAGAAUGUGUCGAUGUUACUGCACGCAGACCGCGGGUCGUUAUUUCUAGUCCAAGGGGAAAGGGGUGGCGGGUGCACACCCCUCCCUCCUGGGGGUAAACCUCGGGGUAGAUGUCUAGUCUCGAAAUUGUUCGAUGUUUGUUCGAGGAGCACGCUGAAGGAGAUGGAGAAAAAGGACGAGAUCAGGAUACCAUGGGGCACCGGCAUCGUCGGAUAUGUGGCAGAGAGCGGGGAGCCAGUGAACAUACCCGACGCAUAUCAGGACGAACGUUUCAACCAUGAUAUAGACGCUCUGACAGGUUACAGGACCAAAACCUUACUGUGCAUGCCCAUAAAGGAUACCAAUGGGGAUGUUAUCGGUGUUGCACAAGUAAUAAAUAAAUUAGGGGACCAGCCGUUCACAAAGCUCGACGAAGAAGUAUUUUCUAGUUAUCUGCAAUUCUGCGGAAUAGGAUUAAGAAACGCGCAUUUAUACGAAAAAUCGCAACUCGAGGUCAAGAGGAAUCAGGUCUUAUUGGACUUGGCGCGUAUGAUCUUCGAGGAACAGAGUACCAUUGAACAUGUGGUGUUCAGGAUAUUAACUCAUACACAAAGUCUAAUUCAAUGCCAAAGAGUACAGGUUUUAUUGGUAGGUGGUUCUAAAGUAAGUUUUUCGAGAGUAUUCGAUUUCGAAGCAAAUGACCUCGAUAUCACGGAGGAUGGUGAAUCAAGAACAAGUCCCUUCGAAAGUCGAUUUCCAAUCAACAUAGGAAUAACUGGACAUGUCGCUGCAACAGGAGAAGUGGUGAACAUAGCCAACGCUGAAGAAGACCCCAAGUUCGACCCCAGCGUAGAUGACGGGACCGGCUUCAAGCACAAAACCGUACUGUGCAUGCCGAUAAAAAAUUCCUCGGGUGAGAUAAUCGGCGUAAUACAGUUGGUCAAUAAGUUCAACGACUUGCCGUUCACCAAAAACGACGAGAACUUCGUAGAGGCAUUCGCAAUAUUCUGUGGUAUGGGAAUUCACAAUACUCACAUGUAUGAAAAAGCUGUGAUUGCUAUUGCCAAGCAGAGCGUGACAUUGGAUGUGCUGUCAUAUCACGCCACGGCCAGUCUGGAGGACGCACAAAAACUUGGGAGCUUGAGGGUUCCGUCAUCCGCACAUUUAAGACUUCACAGUUUUUCUUUCGACGAUAUUCACAUGAGUGACGAUGAUACUCUUACGGCCUGUAUAAGGAUGUUUCUAGACUUAGACCUAGUGGAAAGAUUCCAUAUGGAUUAUGAGGUGUUAUGCAGGUGGUUGUUGUCUGUCAAGAAGAAUUACCGAAAUGUUACCUAUCACAACUGGAGGCACGCAUUCAAUGUGGCCCAGAUGAUGUUCGCCAUCUUAACGGUCACACAAUGGUGGAACAUUUUUGGAGAAAUAGAAUGUCUUGCUUUAAUGAUAGCAUGUCUCUGCCAUGACUUGGACCACAGGGGGACAAAUAAUUCAUUCCAAAUCAAAGCUUCAUCGCCACUGGCCCAGCUGUACUCCACCUCCACCAUGGAGCAUCAUCACUUCGACCAGUGCAUCAUGAUCCUGAACUCCCCUGGCAACCAGCUACUCUCCAACAUCUCAUCAGAGGAAUACUCUAGGGUGAUAAGGGUGUUGGAAGAGGCUAUUUUGUCGACAGAUCUCGCGAUUUACUUCAGAAAGAGGGGGGCGUUUUUCACGGCCGUAAGGGAGGGGGCCUGCUGGCAAAUGGACGAGAACAGGGAAACCCUCAGGGCGAUGCUAAUGACCGUUUGUGAUUUAUCCGCUAUCACGAAACCCUGGGAGGUCGAGAAGAGGGUGGCAGAACUCGUUUCCUCCGAGUUCUUCGAACAGGGUGACAUGGAAAGAGAGGAGCUCAACAUCACACCUAUUGAUUUGAUGAAUAGGGAAAAAGAAGACCAAUUACCCCUUAUGCAAGUUGGAUUCAUCGACUCGAUUUGUUUACCAAUAUAUGAAGCAUUUGGUCUACUUUCCGAGAAUUUAGAACCUUUGGUUGUGGGAGUGAAGAAAAACCGUGAGAAGUGGAUGGAAAUAGCAAUGGAUCAAAGUCUUGUUACGAUUGACGAUGAGGAAAGAAAUAAUAAUCAGAAUUCUCCCAAAUCGAAUAUGAGCGGGUCAAGUUCUAAUAUAUCUGCAGCAGAAAGUACAACUAACUGAAACAUAAUUGAAUUGUAUUAAAAUACAUAUGUAUAUAAUUAACCAGGAAAAUUAUUUAUUGUUAGUUUUAGAAAAAAGACUUAUGGAUUUGAAAAAUCUAUGAAAAAAAUAUUUUAGUCAUAUUUCCAAAUAUAAUGAAACUGUUAAUGAAAUGAAAUAUGUUAACUUUACUCCAACAUUGUCUUAUAGUGACAAUUGCAAAUAUUUUAACACCGUUAACACAUGUCGUCAUUUCCCUUAGACUAUGGAGCUCAUCCAGUUUUUUCGAUUGUAUCAUUCCAGUAAAAAGUAGAUUCAAACAAAUUAUAUAGCUGUCUUCCACAAAAUGUUCAAUACUGAGACUAAAUUUUAAUGACAAAUCUUCAAAACUAUAUUCUUUAUGGGUCUUAAAUAUACCAAAUUUUUCAUAUAGCUUGACUCUUCUUAAAUUUUGGACCAUAUUGAAAUUAGUACUGUAGCUGCAAUAAAAAAGCGAUGUGGAAAAUAAUUAUGAAUUCUACAUUUUGUAAUUCUCAUUAUUGAAAAUUUGUAACUAUUGAUUUUUUAAAGGCCUAUUGAAUUUAUAUGAACAAGAAUACCAUAACUCUUUAAAAUUUGAAAGGAUGAUUAUAAAUCUAGAACUACAAAAAUAUUGUAAAUAAUUGUCGCUUAAUCAAAAAGUAUAUUAUUUUUUGAAGUGAUUGUUGAUAACCUAGCAACCAUUUAGUUGAGCAGGAUUUGUAUUUACAGUAUUUAUUUAUUUUAUUUAUAUAUUUAUAAGGUCUCAGAUUUCAUGAGUUUUACUAAAAAGCUCUCUUGUGUAUAUAUUUUGUUGUGAUAAUUAUAAUUGUAGGGAAUUUCAAAAACGCAUUAAUUAAACUUAGUUGAUGAAUUAUAGAGUGAUCAAUAACUAAUUUUUUUAAGUGAUUUUCAAUUAGUAUUUUGGUUAAUGAAAAUUUUUGUUGAACCUAGUGCAACCAAAGUGAUUAUAUAACGAACUAACUUUAGGUAAGACUAUUUUUACAACUUUCAGUGUGAUGUCCACUUUAGUUAUAAGAUUUAGAGUUUUCUGAUUUUGUUAUACGAACAGGAAUAUUGAGAAAUAAUAUAUUUAUGACCUAUU